AUGUGUGAUCAUGAACAAGACCCAAGCGAGUUUGAUCUCGAGUACCAACAAAUUGAAAACUCAGACUCAUUUGAUCUUCAAUAUUUACUACUUGAACACUCUGAUAGGUUUGAUCUUCAACUCAAACACUCAGAUACGGUUGAUCUUCAACCACAACAACAACAAGUGCAACAUCAAAAUUUGCUUGAUUCUCCUCAACAACAACAGCAACAACAACAAUUUCUAGACUUGUCAACCAACAACGCGUCUUCAUCAAGUGAUCAAGGGAUUAACCAAAACACAAAUUCUAGAAACAAAGUUGUUUCUUAUGAUGGAGACCAAGAUCUCAACCAAGAACAAAAAAAUAUGAGAACCAAUCGGCACUCACAUGAACAAAUACGAGAAAUGGAAAAGGUUUUCAAGCAUUGCCCGCACCCUGAUCGAGAAGAAAGGAAAAAGAUGAGUCGUGUGCUAGGUCUUGAGCCUAUCAAAAUCAAGUUUUGGUUCCAAAACAAGCGAAAUCAAGAUAAGGUAAUGCAAAAACGUCAUCAAAAUAAUCUUUUGAGACAAGAGAAUGCAAGGCUUCGUACCGAAAACGAGAUGCGUAAUGAGGCAUUAAAAAACACCAAAUGUCUACAUUGUGGAGGUCCAGUUUCUAUCGGUAAAAUGUGCUUUAAUCAAAACCAACUUAGAAUUGAGAAUUCCAUAUUAAAGGCUGAGAUAGAAAUGUUGUCGGGUGCUUUAAGAAAUAAUAGAAAUAUAGUAGAAAGUGAUUCUGAUAUCACUUCAAGUAUGAUUGAGGAGUUGUAUUAUGAUGGAAAUGAUCCAUUUGGUUCACUUUCAACUCUUUAUUUUGACAAACAAAAGAUUAUAGAACUUGCUAUGGUUUCUAUGGAGGAACUCACAAGAUUAACUCUAGCUGGAGCUCCUUUAUGGAUCUCUUCUAAUGAGUAUGAGAUUAUAAAUGAAGUUGAAUACAUUAGGGUUUUCCCUAAUGUAAUAGGUUCAAAACUCGCUGGGUUUAUAUCUGAAUCUUCAAGGGAAUCAAUGACUGUUCCUAUGAAUCAUAUUAAUCUCAUUGAGACUCUUAUGAAUGUGAAUCAAUGGUCUGCGAUGUUUUCUGACAUUGUUUCCAAAGCAAUGACAAUUGAAGUUCUAUCACUUGGAGUAUCUGGAAACUAUGAUGGACUAGUACAAGUGAUGUCAGCUGAUUUUCAAGUUCCUUCGCCACUUGUUCGUGCUCGUGAAAACUAUUUCAUUAGAUAUUGCAAGAAGUAUCAAGAAGGAACAUGGGUAGUGGUUGAUGUUUCCUUGGAUCAUCUCCGACCAAGUAGCAGUACAACUCCAAGAAGUCAAAGACGACCCUCCGGUUGUUUAAUUCAAGCAUUACCAUACGGUUAUUCGAAGGUUACAUGGGUUGAACAUGUAGAAGUGGAUUACACUACAUUAUUGUUGAAUAGGUUUUACGACUCUUUAAUAACUUCAAAUCUUGCCUUUGGAGCUAAGCGAUGGGUGGCAUCACUAGGUAGACAAUGUGAACGUCUCGCUUAUUCAAUGGCCACCAACUUACCAGCACGAGACUACUAUGUGUUGAACAGUUUUCAAGGAAGGAGGAUCUUACUGAAUUUGGCAGAAAGAAUGAAAUUGUGCUUUUCAUCUGUUGUUGGUUCUUCCAUAGCAAGUUGUUGGAAUAUUCUAACAUCAGAUUCUGAUGAUGUAAGAGUCAUGUCCAAAACAAACACCGAACCUGGAUCACCUCUUGGUGUAAUUCUUAAUGGUGCAACUUCUCUUUGGCUUCCAGUUCUUCCAAGAAAACUGUUUGAUUUUCUUGGAAAUCAAAACUCAAGAAAUGAGUGGAAUAUUCUUUCCAUUGGGAGUAUAACUAAAGAAAUGGCACAAAUACGACAUGGUCAUGAUCUUGGAAACUGUGUCUCUUUAUUUCAUGCCAAUAGUCAAAACUCCAUGCAAAAUAAUAAUAUGUUUAUACUUCAAGACAAUAGUAUUGAUAGAGCUUGCUCACAUGUAAUAUAUGCUCCUAUUGAUAUCAAGUCAAUGGAAGUAGUAUUCAAUGGCGGAGAUCCGAAUAUUAUUGCUUUGUUUCCUUCUGGUUUUGUUAUUCUUCCAGAUGGGGUUCAACUCAACAAUGAAAGACCAUUGGUGAAUUCUAUUGGAUGCGGAGGUUGUUUGUUAACAAUUUCAUUUCAGAUUUUGGUUGGUUUGAAUCCAGAAUUAAGAUUAGAAAAUGGUUGGGUUGAAGCUGUUGUGAAUUUGGUUAAAAACACAGCUGAAAGAAUCAAGGUUGCAAUGACAUGA